AUGCUUUUUCUACAUUCUCUCGCUCUCCUUGCCUCUGUCGCGGGACUGGCCAGCGGCCAGACCAUCGACCCGAGCACUGUCGAUGAAUCUACCAGAGAUUAUUGGUGCCAAUCGCAGACCUCUGCCUGCCCGCUUCUUUGCCUCCAGAUGCCUGGGGCAUCCAACAAACCUAAGGACAACAGCUGUAGCGCGAAAACUUUGGACUACACUUGCAUCUGCAGUAACGGCCAGUCGCCUAAUGCCUCGGAAUACUCGGAGACGAUCCCCUACUUCAUUUGCACUGAGCAGAACAACAAGUGUGUGAGUGCCUGCAGCAACAACGACGCUGAGUGCCAGUCAGAUUGUCGCGACGAUCACCCCUGUGGAGCUCAGAACCCCAAGCGCGUCAAUACCACCACUGCCACCUCCACCGUCAGCACUCCCGCUGCUACCACCUCUCUGGCUCCUUUCACCGGAGAGGCAGAUGCCAAGGGCCUUGCUCCCAGACAGUCGGUUGAGAUGGGACAUGUCUAUGGUACCGUUGCAGUGGUCGGAGCUUUCCUCGCGGGCUUCGCUACCUUGCUCUAA